ACCACUGGUCACCUAAAGAGACAACUUAAUUCCUUAUCCACCAUGAAUGGCCUUAAAGGAAUGCUGCAGUCUCAAUUGCUGUAUCAGUUAUUGGAUGAAAGGUGGCACAAAAUGGCGAUGCAGCUCCAUUCAACAAAGCUCUCUUCAGGCUUCACUUGUCAAAUCCAUGGCCCCUGUAAGAAAGUUAACACUUCGCUUAAGCUCCAGGCUGAUCACUUCACUAGAAGAAGAAUUGCAACAGCAAUAGCUUUAGCAUCCUCAGUUUUCUCAGACUCCAAAAUUGCCUUCUCUUUUCAGUUCAGUAUAACUGUUCCUGACCAGACGAUCAAUGAAGCAGAAGCUGGGAUAAAGAACCGUGCUCAGGAGCUUCUCAGUAUAAAAACUCUCAUUGAUUCAGAGACAUGGAAGGCAGCACAGAUUACACUGCGUGAGAGCUCGUCUCGCCUCAAACAAGACUUAUACACCAUAAUUCAAGCCAAACCAGGGAAUCAGAGACCAGAACUAAGAAAGCUGUACUGCAAUCUCUUCAAUAAUGUCACUGAGCUGGAUUAUGCAGCUAGAAGUAAAAAUGCAGUAUUAGUGAAGGAAUGUUACAGCAAUAUUGUUUCUUCACUUGAAGAGAUUUUCAUAAAGAUUCAGUAGCAUCGAAGUUAUCUAUGUUCACUAUGUUUGAAGAAAUGGCUUGGUAGCAUGAUUAAAGCCCAGUUAGGCCUUUCUGAAACGUCAAUAAUAGCACAUUCUAAUUCAUCGUUGUGUAGCAUUAACAAAUGAUUAAUGAAUAUAUGAUCCUUGUGAAAAGA